GCAGGAUGAUCCGCUGGCCAACGAUGUUGCAGAACACUACAAGACGAACGAGAAGGAUGCGAUACGGGUCUCCAAAGAAUGGACGAGACAGUAUGCUGUAUAGACCCAUCCUGACGCCUGUAUGAAUGUACCAGCACGACGAGCAUGACUCACUUGAGCUGCGAUCGACUGAUCCACCUGGCAUUGCACCAUUGAGGCAGACACACGCUUCAUCUGGUCCUACAAUCGCACCACAGAAGGGUAAGCCUGUCCUGCCACCCACGCACUUCCCUCCUGGCCUGGCUCGUCGCGACUCUUCUUCGGCUUUCGCGCUUGGCGUCGACCGGUGAUCGCCCGACUUGUCGAGCGAUGGAUGAUGCGCUGGCGCAAUCACUCUCGCCUGAGCAGCGCAACUCGCUCGAGCAAUUCCGCUCCAUCACGGCAACAGACAGCGUGCGCCAAUCUAUCGAACUGCUCAAUAGAUCAGAUUGGGCAGUCGAUAGAGCUAUCGAGUCCUUCUACGAGGCGCCAGAUGCAGCUCCGCAGGCUGGACCGAGCAGGAUGGAGCAGAUGGGUAUAGACGAUCAGCUCCCGCAGCGCGAUGGUCGGAGGAGGAGGCCGCCGCCCUCAUUUGCCAGCACUUUGGUCGGCUGGGCUCGUCAGAUGCUCGGAGGAUCGCUCAAUCUCGCAAUGGCGCCCCUCUCGCUCGUUUAUCAUCUCCUCUCCUCGACGCUCGCAUUCCUAGCGAGGUUUCUCAGACUACGACCGAAUUUGCCUUCUCUGACGCUGAGACCGUUUGGCACUUCGGGCCAGCACCGUCUCACCGAUCCGGUCUCUUGCGCCGAGAGGCUCGUCCGCUUACUCGAAGAGCAAUCUGGCGCAACCUGUCGCACCCUUCAAGGCGUGCCUCUCGAACCAUCAGGCUCAGCAUCGGCUGUAGGGUCCUCGGCAACAGCGAGCUCGAGUCGCAGCACCAGUCGCAGGCGGCUCUCUGAUCCUGCUCGGCCCGUUCUGCCCGAUUUCGCAAUAACGAGCUAUACGAGCGCCGUCAAGGCUGCGCAGCAAGACAUUCGCGUGCUCAUGGUCAUCCUCAUUAGUACAGAGCAUCAGAAUAACGACGAAUUCGUUAAGACGGUUCUGCCUGAUCCUGAUCUUCGCCGAGCUCUGCGACAAUAUCAGAUUGCGAGCUGGAUCGGAAGCAUACAAGAUCGUGACGCCUACCAAUGCGCAAUGACUCUGCACGCAACGACGUAUCCUUGCAUCGCCUUUGUUGCCUUGCAGCCCGUACGCGAGCCCAACGUGUCAUCGAGAACGAGCACGUCCGCCAUGAGCGUCAUUUCUCGAUUAUCAGGCCCGCCAGGCACGCUUACAUCUGCCAACGCCAUCACGACACACAUAACGAACACACUCAUCCCGCGCACGGAUGCCUAUCUCACCCGUCUGCGCGGAGAGAAGCGACAGCGCGAGGAGGAGCGCAAACUGCGUGCCGAGCAAGACAGAGCCUAUGAGGAAGCUGGCAGGAGGGACCGCGAGCGCGUACAGGCCAAGCAAGCCGAACUCAACGCAACCAAACAGAGAGAGACUGCAGCUCUGCAAGCUGCGACGGCCGCGGCCACGCUUGCGGCUAAUCAGGAAGCUUGGCGAGUCUAUGCAAAGCAUCACCUCAUACCGCCAGAACCGACAACAGAUGCAGAUACUGCUCGCAUUAGCGUCAGACUGGCUGACGGCAGGCGCAUCGUUCGCAAAUUUGCAGCCAGCGCAACUUUACAAAAUCUAUAUGCUUGGGUCGAAUGUGAAGCUGCACAGGUCACAGGCGAGCCAGGUAGCAUGCAGCCAACAGACUAUGUCCACACACCGCCUUUCAGUCUAGCUUGCACAUUCCCACGCAAAGUCGUGCCGUAUCAAGGCGGCUCAGAGGUCACGUUGCGACAGUUUGGCGAUCUGAUGCCUUCUGGCUCACUCGUCGUCGAGGGCUGGGUUGAUGCGAGCGCAAACGACAGCAGCAGCGAAGAGGAUGAAUAGUACAACAAUGCAUCGUCCUCUCUCGCACUACCUCAUGGUGGCAGACCACUGAGGAGAAGGGAGGAUUAGCUAUGAAGUGUAUAGGAUGCGAGGACUUGCCAUUGCUCUGCGAUACGUUCGUCGGUCUUGUAAGUCGACCAGCCAUAACCGGUGCUGACAAACGAGCCCGGAUUGAAGACGUGACACCGCCCUUCUUCGCCGUCUGGCCCCAAGUCGUACGUGAUCUCGUAUGGUGAGUAUUUGUCUGCCAGUACAAG